GUCACAUCACUGCGUCAGCAAAGGGAGGAUCGCACUAUGCUGCUGCAGCUCGGUACAUCUGCUACUGUUAAUAACGGCACCACAACUAUAUAGUGUUGUUAACAGCUUGGAAGUCUGAAUAUAAAUGACAAAAUCUACACUCCCUCUAUAGUUCUUUGAGGAACAGAUACGGAGAACUGUCUUUUUGUAAAGGACAGACUUUCUUAUUUUACUGUCUUCUUCCUGAGACUGGUGAUGGCGACUACAGAUCCGAGGGAUGGGCUGAUGUGCUCCAUCUGCCUGGGCAUUUCUACAGAUCCUGUAAAACUGGGAUGUGGACAUAACUUCUGCCAAGUCUGUGUUGAUCGUGUUCUGGAUACACAGGAGGGAUCUGGACUUUAUGCUUGUCCUGAGUGCAGACCAGAGUUUCAGAAGCACCCUGCAUGGUACAGAAAUAAAAUUCUAUGUAACAUACCAGAGUAUAUCCUGUGUACUAACCCAGAGCUGGAGGAGACUGGGAUCUUCUGUACUUAUUGUAUUAACUCUUCUGUAUAUGCUGAUAAAUUCUGUCUGAUGUGCGAAGCUUUUCUGUGUGAGAGUCACCUGAGAGUACACAGCAAGUCAGAGGAACACAUCUUAUCUGAUCCCAGAACUACCUUGGAGAACAGGCAGUGCUCCAUCCACAAAAAGGCUCUUAGAUAUUAUUGUACUGAUGAUGAUGCAUAUAUCUGUGUUUACUGCACAUCCACACAACAUAGUGGGCACCAGGUGGAGUCACUGAUUGAUGCUUCGGUGAAGAAGAAGGAGAAGCUAAGACAUAUUCACAAGGAACUGGCCUCAAAUAAAUCAGAGGUUGACGAAAGAGUCCAAAGUCUGCAGAAACAAAAUAUAGUACUUCAAGAAAAAGCAGGUUGCCUUACUGAGAGAGUUAAUUCCCUGUUUACAGACAUUAGGAAACAAGUGGAUGGUCUUGAGGAGAGAGUACGGAGUGAGAUCUCCAGACAGGUAGACCAGGCUUCACUACCACUGCGUGAUCUAAUCCAGCAGCUGGAAAUAAAGAAGGAUGAGCUGUCUAGUAAGUUGCAUCACAUUGAGGAGCUGUGUGACUUAACUGAUCCACUAACUGUCUUACGAGAAGAAGUAUCAGAGAGAGACAAUUGUUUUUACAGUGAAUGCCAAGAGAUAAAUCAUAAAUGUUCAGCAGCUGUGUGUAACCUGGAUGAGGAGCUAAUAUCACAUACUUUACAAACAGGUUUAUCUGAAAUUGUGAUUGCUGCUUAUAAAGGAAUCCUCCUAAAGGAGAGGUCAGAAAUAUUACUGGAUGAGAACACCGCUGGGAAUAAUUUAGUUGUCUUAACUGAUUUAAAAUCAGUCUACUGGACAGAAAUACACCAGCAUCGCCCCAAAACACCACAACGAUUCAAAGAUCAUCAAGUCUUAAGCAGCACUAGUUUUUCUACAGGCCGACACUUCUGGGUGGUAGAGACCAGUAAGUCAGGAAACUGGAGGCUAGGAAUGUCAUAUCCCAGUAUAGCCAGAAAAGGAUUUCGGUCAUACAUUGGAUGUAAUAGGAAGUCCUGGGGUUUCUGCAAAUGGAACAGUCAAUACUCAGUGAUGCAUGGCUGUAAAGAAAUCAAGUUGUCUAACAAGUUUUCCUGUAACCGAUUUGGCGUAUAUCUGGACUAUGAGGCUGGGCAGCUGUACUUUUAUGAGCUGUGUGACCCAAUCAGACACUUACACACCUUCACCACCACCUUCACUGAGCCCCUUCAUGCUGUCUUUAGAGUCUGGCUGGAUUCCUAUGGUGGAGCUUGGAUAAUAUUGAGGAGUAAUGAUUAGUGAUCACUAGCAACUCUCUGUUUUAGAUAACAUUCUGGGGGGAAUUUAUCAAACUGCGGUUUUGUGGGAGGUUCUAAACCCACCACACAUUGCAUUUACUUUCUAGCUGGGCGAUUCUCUGUGAUACACAAAUUCAAGCGACAUACUUCUCCAAAAUACCAAGAUUUUAGUGGGUCUUAAGUUAUAGGGUAAGGCAUUGCUACUAAGCAAUUAAGAGUUCAUAUAACAACAAUAUCUCAACAGACCAGUUUAAAAGACAAAUAAAUUAAAAGCGUGUGAUGCAUGGGACUUUAUGUUCACUUUCUGGAGACUCACCCAGCUGCACACCCUAAGGUUUCUUACCUUGCAGAUGGAGGCUGAAACCUGAACUGCGGGGGGGAAAUAUUUUUUUUUGUGAAUGGCAAGAUAGCUGAAACUACAUUCAAAUCAUAAGAGGGGGCACAAUAGAAAUAUCAAUAAGAAGGCCAAUCAUAAUUUAGUGACUAUUAAUGUCUACUGGACAACUUUUAUGUUCUGAAUAGCGCAACAGCUUAAACCCCAUGCACGUUGAGCUAUCUUACCUACCAGAAGCAGUUCUAAAGUAUAACCUGCUUUUUUUUUUGGUGUACCUUUGCCUAUGAUGGGUGAAAUGUUACAGUUUUUUUUAAAAACGUCAAUAAUUUAAAAUGCAAAACAAAUCUGGUUUUGCCUUUUAAAUUAUUGACAUUUUAAUAAAUUGAGCAGACUCACUGGAAUUGCACAUUACCUGUAUUACCUCUCUGUGGGGGCAGGUUAAUACAUAGGGGUCUAUUCAUGAAGCAGCGAAAACAGUUGAGAAACAGACCAGUGGAGAAGUUGCCCAAUCAGCAUCUCUCUUACAUUUCAUAAAAUGUGUUUGAGAAAGACUACAUUCAAAGCUGAUUGGUUGUCAUAGGCAACUUCUCCACUGGUGAUUUUCGCCACUCUUUUCACUGCUUCAUGAAUAGACCCCAUAAUCCUUAUACUACCUUGGGACGCAGCACUCGGCUUAAAUUCUCCUCCCUGUAUAAGCAUGUCCCCAACCUCCCAUUGGCUUUUAAGACUGGAGUCUGGGAGCGGACUUAUACAGGAAGGAGAUUUGUAGCUGAGUUCUGAAUCCUGAGUACUGCAACUAUGAUCCACAGCGCUGCUUAUACCCGGGGACAGGCAGCCAUCACAUGUUUUAAAAAGACAUUUAAAGUACUUAAAGCUUAUGUAAGGCAGCCGAAGACCAACAGUGGAAACCUGAUGGCCAGAAUCCGGAUGGAUCCCAGUAUGUAUUCUCACCGUACCCCUAACCCUAACUCUCUCCUCCCACAGCCUAACCAUAACCCUCCCCCUAGUGCUUACCACAAACCUGCCGUACUUGCCCCCGGUAUCUUUAGGGGAUUCUAUCGAUAUCCCACGGUCGAUCCUCUGACUUUGUCCCGACUGCUGGGAUUUUUACUGCAUCCCCUUGAAACUAUACAAAUGAUUUUUAGAUUAUACUCAUGUAUCAUGCUCAAUAUCUGUAGUACCAAUGAAGGUAUUGCAGCUUCUGUGGUUAGCAUAAGGUAAGUCCGGACCAGUAUAAUUGGGAAACGUAUGAUUUAUAAUGCAGUAUCUUUACGGCAGUUUAUAUAUGUAUUAAUAUCACUUGUAUAAUAUAUAUUGAUUAUAUUCAACUGAAUUUUUACUUUAUUUAGGUGGUGCUUUGAUUAAUUGUAUUACUGUGUAGUUAUUGUAAGUAUACUAAUAAUAUACAUGACAUGUCUAAAAGUAUGUGGACACUUGAACAUCAUAGCCAUAUGUGCUUGUUGAACAUCUCAUGCCAAAACCAUGGAGAUUAAUACGAAAUUUGUCUCUGCAAUUCUGUUACACCGACCUCCACUAUUCUGUGAGCUUCCCACUAGAUUUUGGAUCAUGGCUAUGGUGAUUUGCAUCCAUUACAUUGCUAGCAGUUGGGAUCCCUGUGGUCAGGAUACUGAUGCUGGAAUCCUGACCACUGACAAUGCCGCCAGCCGGAAUCCCAGCUAAGAGUGGCUAUUCCCACUCGUGGAUGUUCACGACACCCAUAGAGUGGGGAAUAGAACCUGUGGCGAGAGCAGCGAGCCACCGAGCCCGCAAGGGGCUUCGUUGCGCUCGCCCCCUGCCAGCAUUCUAGCAGCCGGGAUCCUUGCAUCAGUAUGCUGACCGCUGGGAUCCCAGCCGCCGGCAUCCCAUACCCAACGCGGUAGGAAAACCCAAGAAAACCAGCAACAUACCAUUAUUCCUCCAUCACAGUAACACCAUUUACAGUUGGACGGAAGCUUUAGCAGGAAAGGAAUUGACAAAUUGACCGUUGGAAAGGUGACAUUCUAUAACCGGUGCCAUGGAGAAUAGCACCACUCUCUAAAUCUACUGCUAAUGUGUGUCUAUAGAGAACUGCUUGGCUGUAUGCUUGAGUUUAUGCAUCCACGUACUUUUAGUCAGCACAUGAAAAUUGUAUCUACAAAAUAUGUUAUGAUUACUAUGCUUCAGUGCCGUAACUAGGCAUUUUAGUGCUGUGUGCAAGAAAUGGCAUUAACCCCCCCCCCCCCACCACCACCACCUUAUGUGAAACAUGGGCAUGUGCGCGCCAAAAAAUAGGGUCGUGGCUUCAUGGGAAAAGGGUGUGGACACAAAAAUAAUACCAAUUCAUACUACAGUGCACAGUAGUCUCCAUUAUUCAAAUUACACCACACAGUAGCGCCACUACACCGGGUAGACCCCCUUUUACACAUUACGGCAGUCAGCGUCCCCUUUUUACCACAUUACGGCAGUCAGCGUCCCCUUUUUACACAUUACGGCAGACAGCGUCCCCUUUUUUACACAUUACGGCAGACAGCGUCCCCCUUUUCACACAUUACGGCAGAGUCCCCCCCCCCAGUAAAUCCUGCGUUUGCCCCUGCAUUUACUAACCAGACAGGCAGCAUAGGCUCUUCCAAGUUCCAAAUUUGCGGAAGGGGGGCCGGGCUGCCGCUGGGCCAGAGAGAGCAGCAUCCCUGUCACACAGAUGCCGCUCAUCCGCAGCAGCAGCUGGUUCAGUGGGACACAGGCGGGCGAGCGGCAGCGGCGACUUCAGAGGAAGUUGGGCGGGCGGGCGAGCGGGCGGGCGGCGGCUUCAGAGGAAGUCAGGUGAGCGCUCGGCCGGCACCUUCAGAGGAAGUUGGGGCAGGUGGGCGGCACUGCUAUGCUUAUAUAUUGAGCAUACAUACUGUAUGGAAAAAUAUGUAGUCAAUUUAUUAAUCGAAUGUGUGGCUUUAUGUUAGCUGAAUAUUAACCAUAAUACUAGUAAGUGGUGGAUGGUGGAUGGGGGAAACCACAAAUCCUAUAGAAGGUAAAAGGCAUUAUGGGGGAGAUUCAAAUGUUUUGAAUAGUCAGUUGGGAGUCUGUUUUUUUUCAUAUCUAAAAGACAGGAAAAAACAGGACACCCAACCGAUGUUUCAAACAUUUGAAUUCCACCCUAUGGGGGAGAUUCAAAUGUUUGAAAAGUCGGUUGGGUGUCUGUUUUUUCCUGUCUAUUAGAUAGGAAAAACAGACUCCCAACUGGCUUUUCAAACAUUUGAAUCUCCCCCUAUGAAUGUUAUAUGCAUAUAUAUUGAUUAUAUUCAAAUUACUUUAUCCUUACAUAGUUAUAUUGAGAUUAUAGAAUUACUCUCUGAUAAUUGCACGUAUAUAAUUCAUAUAAAGUAACACCUGAAACUACUGUAUACAGAAGUGGUUCCCAAACGUUUUUUGAAUUAAGGCGCCCUAGAGUAUCAGAAUUAUUUUCACGACACCCUUAGAGCAAAAGUUUUUUUUUAUUGCAAAAGUUAUA